AUGAGUCCAAAGAAAGCCAAGGAUUCACUAAUCUCGAAAAUGGUGGGAAAAUCUAGGAAGAAAGAUGCGAAACACGCUCGCAAAGACCAAACCCCCUCUAUAUCUCCCACACUACUGGCAAUUAUUGGAGACUUCUUGUCUACCAACGGCUUUUCUAAAACCAAAGCAGCAUUUGACGCUGAACUUAGCACAGUCGAUGUAGUUGACAAGGUCAAAAAAAAGGAAGGGUCGAAGAUAGCCAAAAAAUGCCCCUCCAUGGUUGAUGUGUUCACGGGCUGGAAAAAAUAUGAAGCCAGGAAUGCCCACAUAAGAAAAUUAGCAUUGCCCUUGACAACCGAUGACAGCGAUGCUGAUACUGAGUCCACGACCGAAACCAGUGAUUCUGAUACUUCUAGCACCACGAGAAAAUCGUCCAGCCUUUCUACCAUUUCGAGUAGCACUAGCUCGUCUAGUUCCUCGUCCAGUAGCUCUUCUUGCAGCUCCUCCAGUUCCUCCAGCUCCUCCAGCUCCUCCAGCUCGUCCUCCGGAUCCUCCUCCUCGAGCGAGAGUAGUUCCGAAGACGAAAAAGAUAAUAUUAAAGAGAGAUCGAAGUCGCUAAAACGAAAACAUGAGUCCUCGUCUGAAUCUUCUAGCUCUGAUUCCGGCUCAGAAGUCCCAUCGACAAAGCGCCGCAGACGAGAGCAGUCACCUAAGCCUGAUUCACCAGUUGAUUCGUCCGUCGAUUCGUCAUCAGCCUCUGAUUCUGACACUGGCUCUUCCAAAUCUGAUUCAAAAAUACCGCCUAAAGCUGGCGCCAUAGAGAAGAACGACGAGAUAGAGAAUAUCGCCGCAGACUCUCGCCCCCCGAAUUCUAGCGACGACAACGACGACAGCGACUCUUCAUCUGCAUCUUCAGACGAUUCCGACUCGUCUGUCAAAAGUAAAGAGAAUACGGCCGGCGCCAGAAGUCGGAGGCUAUCUGGAGAAUCUAGCACAACUUUGCGUGGCACUUCUGCUGACUUCUCCAACGCCUCAAACGAAAAUUUGAGUAAAGAGAUGAACAAUGGUGUUGUCGCUGCUACCGAUUCUACACCUGUUUCAACGCCUGCAGACCCGACCACCCCUCACCGUAUUCACCGGGGUGCGAAAUCUACUCCCCUCGCAAUUGCCAGUGAACAACCCCAUAAUCAUCCGUCGAACUCGUAUGUCUCAUAUGCCUAUGCGGAUCGUGCUCAUCAGGAUUUGUCGGUCACGCGUGGAAAGGGUUUUACCAAGGAAAAGAAUAAGAAAAAACGAGGAUCCUACCGCGGAGGACCUAUUGAUAUUGGGCCUGGCAAGGGUUUCAAGUUCGAGGAUUAA